UUUAAGUUAAAGUACCUUUAUCAAGAAAUAACGUUUUUGAACUUGUUAACUAGCCUUUUAGUUACUAGAAAGAUCGUGGCAAUUUCAAUUGACAUCUAUAGAUUUUCGCGUCACAAUAGAACAAUGGACGUUUUUUAUAACGCUCCAAUCAUUGUAUUCAAAAAUCGAAAGCAGGUGUUAUGUUUACACUUAGUGCUUCGCGCUCAUUAUAAAUGGACCGGCUAUUAAUUCUAUUAAUUUUCCAUACAAUUAGUAUAGAGGGUCGUUUAUUCUGUGAGAAAUCGAAAAGUCCCCUGGAAGUUGGUAAAUGGAGUCACAAUUUGAAACACAUGGACUCUGCCGUGGUAGAGAACAGGCCAGUCGCAAUUAACGAAGGCCAAGUGUACGUUUACGAGAAUCAUUUUCCCGGCCAUCUCAUCGACUAUAUAAACGUGGACAACGUAGCAAUUAAAUCGUGUGGUGCCAGUGCAAUGAUCAAGAAAGGUGGCAUAGGGACAUCGAUGGUGCUGAUAAUAUUACACGCUGACACUAAUGAAGAAAUACGGUCCGUCAUUGACAUAUGGGGAACAAAGCAUUUUGACGUUACCACAUCAUCCACGCCUAAAGAUAACAACAUUAUGAACAAUUUGAAAUCAUUAUAUCUGUUUAAAAAAUUACGAGCAGUCAAUCAUAACAGUGGAUAUUAAUAAAACACCGAUUUUACGUA